UCCAAACUUCUCUUAGUACAUUACAAUCACCACUCCAUUUUUCCAAACACAUUUUCCAAACAAACCAUGAAGAACCUUUUGUACUCAGUUGCUCUGUGCCUUUCUGUCCUCUUUGUUCUUGCUCAUAUCAAUGAAGCAGUCAUUCCCUGUGGCACUGUAGACAUGAAGGCCGCAGCCUGCAUCUCCUUUACCACAGGGAAGGAUGCAAAGCCGUCGGCGCCAUGUUGCAGUGGACUGCAACAGUUGGCACGAAGCGUGAAGUCUGUGGAUGAUAAGAAGGAUAUUUGCAGAUGCCUUAAAGCUGGUGUGACGAACUUUGCUGGGGUACAAGACAAGUUCCUUAGCCAACUUCCCACUGCUUGUACAAUCAAAGUUGGCUUCCCUGUCUCCAUGAACACCAACUGUGAAACGAUUCGCAUGUAAGACCAAAUUGAUUUGGAGAGGUUAUAGCAAGUAGGAAAAAGCUAGUGUUAUCUCACAUGAAUAAGACGUGAGAUAGGCAAAUAAGAGCUCUAUAUAUAUGUGAUGUAAUAGGCAACCUGGGCAUUGGCCUUGGCUUUUGUAACUUUUCACUUGUUAUGAGGUUAUUAGUGAAUCAUUGAGCGU